CCGGAAGGCGUCAAGGAGCCGAGACCUUAACGACCACUGCAAGACUUUAGGAGCAGCGAUCGGGGACUACGAGCCGUGUAAAGAGAAGCGGGACUGCUGGGCGUGAUGGGUCAGGAAGCAUGCAAAGCAGCCUGGCCUAAGUCAGCUGGAGGCUCUCAGACCAUCACUGGGCGGAGGUAUGGAAGAAGGCAUGCAUAUGUGAACUUUCGGCCUUCUUUAAAGAGCCCACAAAGAGCAUCAAGUCAGCAAAUCAGAGAAUACGAAGGACUGGAACUUGAUGAUGUGCAGAAAGAAAAAGAUUUAAUUUCCAUGGAAAGCUGUGAUUCACCUCUCAACAACAUUAGUAAUAUUUUUACGUCUGACUUGCAGCAAGACAACAAUAAAUUAAAAGCAAUGACUGAUGUUACAUCUUUAAUUACAGAAGUAGAGGAACAUGGGUGUAGCCAGUCAGUAUGUAAUAGCAAUUUCUGUAAAAAAAAUAAGACACUAACUAGGCAUGUACCUCACAAGUAUCAAAAUGGUAUUUCCUUUUUAAAUAUUGACUCUUUUGAGCCAGACAGUAGUGAAGAAGAGGAAAGCUGUCACAUUACAGAGGAUUUUAAUUUGGAUGAUGAGACCGGCAAAAUUGAAAAAUCGUUAGAAAACACAUUCUCUGAUCUUUAUGAAGUGGGGACAUUUUGUGAAAUGGAGUCGGAGUUCCGAAGUAAAAAUCCCAGUUGUGCGAAAGACAGAUUAUCAGAGAUGUGGCCUGUAUCUUUAUGCAAGAGUUCCAAAAUUGAUUUCGGGACCACCCAUGGCAAAUGGAAUGUGUCAAUGAAAUCUGUUUCAGAGGAUGAGGCCACAGGAGUAGCAUCGCUGGGUAUUUCUGAAUUGCAGCCGAGGAAAAAUAGGACUGAUAUAACAUCAAAAUAUUCUGAAACUGCUUCUAGUAGCUCUACAGCAGCGCAAGAUAGUUUAGCUGAACCAGUUGUUAGGCCAAAAGUUAGAAAGCAAUGUACAAGUUAUUGCAGUAAAAAUUCUAUCCUACCGGAGGAAGGAAUGGACAGCUCAAUAGUCCGAAAGAGCAACCGAGGAACACGAGUCAAAGUAGAAAGUUCCUGCAAAGAUGAAAGGAGUUGUCCUGAUAUGGGAUCUGAUAACAGUCAUGAUGAUGGGUCAAAGAUAAAAAUCAAGAGUAUUUGCAAGGAGCAAGAAUAUACCGACUGCCAUGUUGACAAACCUGCAGUGGAUGAUACAUUUUGGGAUGACUUUGAAAUCUAUGACAUGAAAUUGUCUGGCUCCGUUAAGGAAGAUGAAAGCUCCGAUUGCAGUGAUGGAGAAUGGUCUACAUGCUUGCCUUCAUACUUUUCUUCGGACAAAGAGCAUUCUUCAAGUGAUGAAAGCUGGGAAACACUGCCUGGGAAAGAUGAAGAACAUGAGCACGAAGUUCAGAGUAACAGCAGUAGCCUGGAAGAAGAAAAUUCUGACUUUUGUUUUCAAAUGGAGGAACAAAUUUCUUUGGAAGAUGGAGAAAUACCUUGGUUGCAGUACCAUGAGGAUAUUGAAAGUAGCACAGAUGAAGAAAAUGAAAUUGGCAACCAGUUUGUGCACCCUGGAUUUUUCAUGUUAGAUGGCAAUAACAAUUUGGAGGAUGAUUCAAGUUUAAGCGAAGACUUGGAGGUUGAAUGGAGAUUGCUUGAUGAUUUUGGUGAUGGACUAGGAGUUGCACAAGCCAUGUCCUAUAUGGAUCCUCAGUUUCUUACAUAUAUGGCUCUAGAGGAGCGUCUUGCCCAGGCUAUGGAGACUGCUCUAGCACAUUUGGAAUCACUUGCUGUCGAUGUGGAACAAGCUCACCCACCAGCUACUAAAGAAAGCAUAGACUGUCUCCCACAAAUCAUUAUUAAUGAAGAUCAUAAUAUCGUAGGUCAAGAGCAGUGCUGUGCCAUCUGCUGCAGUGAGUAUAUCAAAGAUGAAAUAUUAACUGAACUACCAUGUCACCACCUUUUCCAUAAGCCUUGUGUUACACUUUGGCUACAAAAAUCUGGGACCUGUCCCGUUUGUCGUCAUGUUCUUGCAUCUUCACUUACUGACACUGCUGCAACAUCUUUUCUUUCGGAUCACGAGAGCCCCCCCUCAAUCCACAGUGCAGCAGGAACCAGAUAGAUCCAACUACGAAUAAAUGCAAUAAAGCUUGUUUUCCAAAAGUUGUACCAUAUAAAGUGUAGAAAUGAUUAUACAGAUGCACAGAUAUAGUAUAAUAUAUAUAUAAAAUAGUUUAGAGAGUAUCAAAGACUUUCUAAGCAUUAGGUUUACUGCAUAAGCUGAACAUUUUAGAGUAAUGCAGAAUAAUUAUAAUUACACCAGGUUUAUGUUUACCUUUAGCCCUGUUCUUUGUUCAGCUUUACUGUUAUUUUCUUUUUCUUUUGGCUGGUUCAUUUUUUUGUAAUGUGACACAAUGCUGACAUUUCUGCAACUGCAGUGCAGUUAGAGUUUUGAGGAAAAAGUGUACUGCUUUCUUUUCUUUAAUACAUUUUUCUCAAUGGGUCAGAAGUUAUAUGAAAACAAUGUUUCUGCAACCACCCGUAGUGAACACUUGUGCCCCUUAGUAACCAUUCAUGUUUGCAUCAAAUGUGAUAAAGUUUUGUGAUUAUACCAAUGGUAUCAACCACACAUUCCACUGGAAAUAAAAUGCACAAUAACA